GUGUGACUGACGUGACAAAUUGAGUUCAUGAUGUGUGACAUUACCGUUGACAAGAUUCAAUGUUUCUGCUUUCUACCAAAACAUUCAAAUGCACCUUUAGUCUUUCUCGGGCAUCCUGGUUUAAGACUAGUUAUACUUUUCCUUGCUGUCAAUCGACCUUGGCUGCGGCAGGAGCUAUCGAUCCUGUCGAAUACUGCACAAAUUUUGUCCAGAAAUAUGACUAUGAGGCGUAUCUAAUUGGCCAAUUCUGGCCAAAGGAGGUCCGAGGUUAACUGAAGCAAAUUACAGACGGAGCUGGCUAUGAUACAAGAUAACGUAUCGAAUUCGAGUAUCGGAAUGAUGAGGAUGCAGUUCUGGAGGGAUGCCACGAAGGCUUUGAAUGAUGGAAAUCCACCUGCGCAUCCAAUCGCCCUCGCGCUACAUCAAGCGUCUAUCAAAGCCAAUUUACCUACUUACCAUUUCAAAAGGAUCAUAGAUGCUCGGGACGCCGAAUUACAAGCACCGGUCCACCUUACCGUCGAAUCACUAACAGCCCAUUCAGAAUCCACCUCUUCAACUGUGUUGUACUUGUUACUUUCCUUACUCUCGUUACCAUCAUCCACUUUAUCACAUGCCGCAUCUCAUCUUGGAGCCGCUCAAACCUUUACAACGCUCCUUCGUGCUCUGCCCUUUCAUGCCAAAAACGGACGAAUGGUCCUUCCUGCAGAAAUUACGGCAAAACAUGGUGUGGUGCAGGAAGAUGUGUUUCGCAGAGGACCGGCCGCCAAGGGCCUCGAUGAUGCGGUUUUUGAGUUUGCUACAGUAGCGAAUGAUCAUCUUGUCACGGCACGAAGUAUGUUCCACCAAGAGGGUUUUGGGGGUAAAGUUCCUUGGGAAGCUAUGCCUGUUUUUCUUGCUGGGGUCCCGGUGUCAAGCAUUCUUAAGCAAGUAGAGGAAGUAAACUUCGACGUUUUCCACCCUCGUAUGCAAACGAGAGAUUGGAGACUACCGUGGAGGAUCUGGAAAGGUUAUUACCAACGGAUGUUUUGAGUUACGUAGUGACCCGAAAUGCAUGAGACUGCGAUUUAA